UCCAAAACAAUGCUAAGAGAACGAUCCAAUAUAAUAAGGAUGCAAAAAGUCGAAAACAAAAUUCCCUCCAAAUCGAUAGUUGAAGAGAAAAAAAAAAAGUAGUACAUUCCAAGAGACAAGAAGCUAAAAUAUCCUUCAUAGGGGGCGCGCGAUUUGAUCAUCCCUCCACAAACCCAAUCACUCGAUGGAAAACUCUAAGUUGGGCAUCCACCCCAUUUCUGAAUCCUUUUCUUGAUUCUGCGCACUCCCGGCGAACUCUUCCAGCGUUUGGAGUCAGCACAUGCCUCAGAUGAUUCCAAGGAUAGUUCACGAACAGAAACCUCAAGAAAGCUUUAAUCUAGGAAUGUUUUUACAUGCGCAAAAAAUGUAUUGCUUUAUUAGUGUUAUCUGAAACUGAUUUUUUCUUUUUUCGUUCGUAAAGACAACCAUCGAAGUUAAUUUGCGUUUUUAAAUGUCCCUCGGUAGAAGAACUCCAAUUUCAGAUAUACCGCUAUCAGAGAAUUAAUAUAUGUUUGAAUUAUUGUCAACAAUAAAAACUGCUUUAAAUUUAUGUGCAUUAAAUGUAAUUUUUAGAAUCAUUUGAAAAAAAAGUGUAAAUUGAGACAUGGUGCAAUAUAAAAUUUUCAUGAUGUUUGAUCUCUGCAUUUUUGGUUAACUUAAAUAAUUAGUCCUGAAUUAAAAUAUAAAUUUUAGAUUUUUUUUAUAUUUAAAAGGUAAAACAAUUUUUUAGUGUAAAUAUUCGUGAAAAAAAAUCUUAAACUGAACUGUUUUCCAUGCUUUCGUGAUGCUUUUUACAAAGAUUCAGGAGUAAAGAAAAAAAUCCAAAAAUAUAGUUGAGUUAAAAUUAGAAAAAAGCUUCGCAUUAUCAACUACAUUAGUGUAAAAAUGUUGAAAAAUGAAAAUAAAGUUUUAAGUAUGAAUAUGGGAUGUUUAUUAAGAGCAAAAUUAUAUUUGAUAAUGAUGUUAACUGCUUAUGCAAAUGCAGCCAUAACUGAAACUCAAAGACCAAGUACUCGUGUGGUUUCUACGAAAUAUGGAUCACUAAGAGGUGUGAUUGUGACACUGUCUCAUAAACAUUUACAACCUGUUGAGAAAUUCCUCGGUGUUCCAUAUGCUGGGGUUCCAACAGGUUCCUUACGAUUUAUGCCCCCAGUGACACCCCCACAUUGGAAAGGUGUUCGACCAGUUGAUAAGUUAAGUCCGGUAUGUCCACAAAAGCUACCAAAUAUAUCAAACGAAACAGAAGCAUUAAAAAGGAUGCCUCCAGGACGAUUGGACUAUCUAAAAAGGUUAUUACCAUUUUUAACCAACCAAAGUGAAGAUUGCUUGUAUCUCAAUAUUUAUGCCCCCGCAAAUGCUGGUAGAGAGGACCAAAACAAGCUGCCAGUGAUGGUCUUUAUUCAUGGAGAAUCUUACGACUGGAAUUCAGGGAACGCUUACGAUGGAAGCGUUCUGGCAAGCUUUGGAAACCUUAUCGUUGUCACCAUUAACUUCAGGUUGGGUCUUCUUGGUUUCCUUCCUGCUUUAGAUGAAUCUUCUCGAGGCAAUUACGGUAUCAUGGAUCAGGUGGCUGCAAUGCACUGGGUUCAGGAAAACAUUCCGGAAUUCGGCGGUGAUCCCAAAAACGUUACGGUCUUUGGUCAUGGCCAUGGUGCUGCCUUUGUUAACCUAUUGAUGUUGUCUCCUUUGGCUAGAGGUCUCUUUCAACGAGCCAUAUUACAGAGUGGUUCAGCUCUAAGUUCCUUUGCGAUUGCUAGAGAUGCAUUGACCUACACUCGGCAAAUUGCUUCAUUUUUAAAAUGUCCAACAAAAGACAACGCAGCUCUUGUAGCCUGUCUUGGAAAGAGACCUGUAGAAGACAUUCUUAACGCUCCCCUUAGUGUCCCAGAUCACCUCAUUGCUUUUGGGCCAACAAUAGAUGGGGUUGUGAUUCCAGGAGAACCAGCCACAUUGAUGGAAAAGCAAAACGACAUUUUUGCUCAGUACGAUCUCCUGUUGGGCGUCAGUAGAAUCGAGUAUUAUUUUACAUUCUCAAGCCAAGAAGAUCGUAUUGGUAUUGAAGUUUCUAGAAGAGAUCGUUUGCUAAGAACUUUGGUUAGAAACCUAUUUACGUAUCAUCUGCAGGAAAUAUUCUUAACAGUUGUAAAUGAAUAUACAGAUUGGAGUAAACCAGACCAACACCCGAUAAAUGUAUUGGAUUCUACUGUUGAUGCAAUGGGCGAUGCUCUUGUGGUUGCUCCAUUGAUAAGAACUGCCAAUUACCAUUCAAAAUUAAGACAGAAGUAUCAAAAAGGAACUUAUUUAUAUGUGUUUAUGUAUCAAACAGAGGAAAGUUAUUAUGAUCAACGUAUGGGAUGUAUUCAUGGUGAAGAUGUGCCAUAUGUUUUUGGAGCUCCUUUGGUAACAGCAUUGUCUCACUUUCAUAGAAACUUCACAAAGCCUGAGAGCUCACUUUCUGAAGCUGUUAUGACAUAUUGGACAAAUUUUGUGAGAUACGGGGAUCCAAAUUCUCUUGAAGAAGAAGGAAAAUCAGGAGGAGAGCGAGGACGUGGAAGAUAUGAAAAAAUAAAUUGGCCGCUCUACGAUAGCGUUCAUCAAAAAUACAUUGCACUUGCAAUGAAGCCCAAACUGAAAAAUCAUUAUCAUGCCCAUCGUUUGUCUUUUUGGUUAAAUCUUAUUCCGACUCUUCACAAGUCUGCAGCUUCCGAAACAUCGUCUCGACAUCACCAACUGGAAGACCAUGACAACCCUCUCUCUUACGAUGGAAUAUUUCGGGAACGGCCUGCAGGUGAUGCAAAUAUUUCCCUCUUCUACAGCACCACGCCAUUUCUCACAUCGUCACAGCAGUCUGCUGAUCAAAUAACUACAACCCCUUUUAUGAUAGUAACAACAGCUGAUGGUAGUUUUCAAUCAGUUACGACGUCUAACGAUACUGAUACUCUGGCCAUGACAAUGCAGCAAGCUACUUUCUCAACAGUGCUGAUUAUAGCUGUUGUGUUUGGUGCAUGCAUCGUGGCAAUAAACUCAGUUAUUUGUUGUGCAAUAUUUCACAAAAAGGACAAAAAUAGAGCUGAUUGCCUGCAAAAAAGAGAAUAUCAGUUGCAUCCCGAUGGUAUUAGUUGCAAUUCCACACCACAGUCAAAACAAGCUCAUUUAAUAAGUUCUGUACCUUCUCCAAUGGACCACCUUCCACCGCCAUCCUUUAUGACCCUUGCUACUUUAUCCGAAGCGGGUUCUCUACCUUCAAAGAUCAUGCCACCAUCAGUUAUAACCCAUGAACCACAGCAACAUCCAGAAGCUCAACCACUUUUAUCAACUUCACGCAACACACCACCUCAUUCUAAUCACAUGCACCAUCACCAUCCGCAUUGGGCACCACAGGUUGGUGCGAAUCACACUUUGACGCAGCACCAUCAAAAACAACGGGAACAGGAGAUGCGAGUGUGAGCAUUAUAGGGAUAAAAGAGAAGAAACCACGGUGUAGCCAUAACUAUUGAUUAGUUUAGUUUUCAAAUUUCAAUAAACUGAAUUAUAAAAUUAGUGUUAUAAGGAAACACAAUUUGGAUAAAGAGUGAAGAGAAGGUAAAAGGUAAAGCAGAUGGUGCUAAAAGAUUUAAGAGGUUGUGCAUCAACAUUUCUCCAUUUACAUUUACCUAGAAACAAAAUUACUCUUUACGAGUAAGAUGCGAGAAGACUGUGUAUGAAGUAAAUAAGAAAAUUUUGUAUUAAUAAGCUCGAAGGAGAAUAAUUAAGGUGAACUACUAAAAAUGAAUCGCAUUAUUUAAGUCCAGAACAAAAU